ACAAUAAUAAUUAAUGAUAAAAACUGCUUUUGAUGUCAAGGAAUAACGAACAUAUAUAUAGGUAGAGCGAAAACGCGAGGAAAAACCAAAAAGAAAAACUAACCAUGGCCACUACCACUUCUUCAUUAAUUUCUUCCACAUUCUUCUACUCUUCCUCUUCCCAAUUUUCUCGCUUACCAAACAGAAAACCGUUGUCUCUCUUGAGCAAAAACAUUCAUACCAACCACAGCAACAAAAACAAGAAUACUACUUCUCGCACUCUCUGUUUCCUACAUAAUCUGUUCUACUCUCAUUCAUUAACCUCAAAGAAGCUCUUAUUUACCAAAAAUUCUACCUCUACCUCUUCUUCUUCUUCUAGUAUAGCAUCAUCAGCUGUUGAGUCGCUUCUUCUUCUGUGUACCUCACUUACCUUAUCCGUGUCAAUAUUUGUAACGAAUGUGGACCCCGCCUCCGCAUUUGUCGUAACGACGCCUCGUAAAUUGCAAUCCGAUGAACUCGCUACUGUUCGCCUUUUUCAAGAGAAUACUCCUUCUGUUGUUUAUAUCACUAAUCUCGCCGCCAAACAGGAUGCAUUUACUUUGGACGUCUUAGAGGUGCCGCAAGGGUCAGGUUCCGGAUUUGUUUGGGAUAGUGAAGGUCAUAUCGUCACUAAUUUUCACGUCAUUCGCGGUGCUUCUGAUCUCAAGAUCACUCUUGCAGACCAGUCAACUUAUGAUGCAACAGUUGUUGGAUAUGACCAAGACAAAGAUGUUGCUGUAUUGCGAGUUGAAGCUCCUAAAGAGAAACUGAGACCAAUACCUGUUGGUGUUUCUGCUGACUUGCUUGUUGGCCAGAAAGUAUAUGCUAUCGGCAAUCCUUUUGGACUUGACCACACUCUGACAACCGGCGUCAUCAGUGGGCUGCGCAGAGAAAUCAGUUCUGCUGCUACUGGUCGUCCUAUUCAGGAUGUUAUACAGACAGAUGCUGCCAUUAAUCCUGGAAAUAGCGGAGGACCACUUCUUGAUAGUUCAGGAAGCCUUAUUGGGAUAAAUACAGCCAUAUACUCUCCAUCUGGUGCAUCCUCUGGUGUUGGAUUUUCAAUUCCAGUUGAUACUGUAAGUGGAAUUGUUGAGCAGUUAGUGAAGUUUGGAAAAGUCACAAGACCUAUUUUAGGUAUUAAGUUUGCACCUGAUCAAUCUGUGGAGCAGUUGGGAGUAAGUGGGGUGCUCGUCUUAGAUGCUCCUGCCAGUGGUCCAGCUGGGAAAGCAGGUCUGCAACCCACUAAACGUGAUGCCUAUGGUAGACUUAUUUUGGGUGAUAUCAUAACAUCUGUGAAUGGGAAAAAGAUUACAAAUGGCAGUGACUUGUACAGAAUUCUUGACCAAUGUAAAGUAGGCGAUCAGGUGAUUGUAGAGGUGCUGCGCGGUGAUCACAAGGAGAAGAUUCCCGUAAUACUUGAACCAAAGCCCGAUGAAUCAUAGUGUGCUAGGUAUGGCCUGUAUAUGUUGUUCAGUAAAUAUGUGAGGGAGUGCCACUAUUUUGUGUAUUGAUUUCUUCAAGACAAAGGGUCUCGCUGUACAUAUAUCAGAUACCGUACUAUCUCCGACAACAAUUACUACACUGAUCGAGCAAAAUUAAUUGUAUGAUUCCAAUCUCAAUCUCUUAGAAAAUGCGUCCUUGGGCCUUUAGCUUUGGGCUCUUGAAAGACUGCAACCUUUGUGGAAAGCUUUUCUCUUAACUUUUCAUUCUUGAUGAUGGAGUAUUGACAUCUGAAUGAGAAAUAUUCAUGUAAAA